AUGGCUGGCACCUACGCGCUGCCGCCCAGUCCAGUGUUAUCCUCGCUCAGAUCUCGAGCACAGCUUUCGCACAAGCUAUGCGAAGAUUGCAAGCGCCAGGUUGGUAGUUCAAAGCCUACAGCUACGCGCUUCACAAACCGGGCCGGAUGGCAGCUUCCGCGGCAUGUGUUCGGCACGUAA